AUGAAAAGGACAAACGAUCCCAAAUCGCUGUCGGUACCCUCAAUUCCGGUGCCAGGCGAUGAGGGCAGAGCAGAAAGUGGGGGUACAGAGGAUAUCCGAAGCCAGUUAUCAGACAUUCAAAAGAGACUCUUCAGCUCGCGUUCCAAAACGGCUCAUUUAAAGCCAAAGAACAGCAAUGUGAGCCAGGACCCUAAGAAAUCGAUUACAGGAAGAAUUGGCUCUUCCGCUUCGGGCAGCGGCACUCUGGCCGGCCAUUCUGGCAGUCAUGUACCAUCGAUUCCUCCCUCUCAUGGGCAUGGGAAGCAUAUGAUCCCUCAGCCAUCGCCAUCUCUUGGACCUGACAAUAAGGGGAACGACAUGAACUUCGUCGUGGGACUCAGUGAGAACCUUCUUGCCGAAUGUAGAAGACUUACCGCAGAUAAUUCCAAGUACAAAUCGAGAUUGAAGUCAGCAGUGGAAGAUUUAAAUCGAUAUAAAGAUGAGAACUCCCUUUUGAAAAACUCAAGAAACGCUGCCAUUGGCGCAGAAGAUGAGCUUAAGAACAAGAAUUGGGAGUUGGAGGCUAUGUUGCAGUCAGUUAGUGACAAGUUAACAUUGGAAAUCGCUGAAAAACAGAAACUUGAAAAAGCCCAAAGAGAACAAACCGUAAGGUUCACUGAAGCUCAAAAGGAGAACGAUGAAUUACGUGUAGAGAGGGAAAGAUUGGAAGAGGAAUUGAGAGAGUUGAAAUCAAGUUCCUCUAAGGAAAUACUGGAAUUGAAUGACACAGUAGAAGCACUUAACGACGAAAAUGACAAGUUACAUAUGAACGUUGAAAAGCAGACUGCCAAGACCGAAGCUGCAGUGGCGGCAUUCAAUGAGAUUCAAGCAAAUGAAGCAGCUUCAUCUUCGAAUAAGAAAGAUGGUAAAAUUGACACCCAAAUUACUUCCGCUGCUUCAGAAUUUGACUAUUCAAAUAUUGAAGAUCUCGAUAACGAUGGCAUCGAAAAGUUAUUAAAGGAUACCUUAGAUCCAACUACAGUUUCAUCUAACACAUCUACUGACUCUGCUUUGGAAUCUGAGACACUUAAGGCUUCAUUGGCUCAUUCACAUAGGAAUAAUGCUAAAUUGAGAGCAUUAGUAUUGAAAUUGAGAGAAGAACAAUUACUGUCAAAGGGCGAUCACGAUAAGUCGGUAGCCACUCCAGGUGGACAACGUAAGAAGUUGAGGAAGCCUGCUGCUCAUGACCUUAGCAGUUCUAUUGGAACUUCUUCAAACAGAAACUCUGCUUUUCUUUCACCAUCCAAGAGAAAUUCUAAAUUUUAUGUACUUGAAAACAAUCCUGACCAAACCUUUGCGGAAGAUGAAAAGUGGGAAGAUUUUAUCGGUGAUGAUAUAACUCAAGAAACUAGCCCUUCAAAGGUAAAGGGGAAAAUAAUGGACAAUUUGCCUACAUUAAUAAAUUCCGACUCAGAAGAUUCAGAAGAAGAAACUACAAAUAAAGAAAUCUCAACUGAGCUUCUCAGUGGAAAGCAUCUGAUCGAGGAGUACGCUAAACAAAAUAAUUUGGUUCUUCUCUCUACUGAGAGGUAUGCAGAGCUCACUAAAAUUGAAAAUGAAUUUGUUCAAGAUAGUAAAAUAUCUGAUGACAAACUCAAUGCAAUUGCUGAGAGUAGAGGCUUGGUUUUGCUAUCCGUUUCUUCACAUCAAUCCCUUUUAGAUGAGGAAAUGAUGAAGAAAAAGCUUGAAAGUAAAGGACUAGUAACGAUCACGAGUAAAGAGCACAUAGACUUACUUGGCACUUCAUCAUCCUUCCGUAAUCCUACAAAAGAAUUCAUUGAAAAGGCUUCAUCUAAAUAUGGGUUGGAAGUGGUUGAUAAGGAAGAAUUAUCCAUGUACAAAAAAACAUUUGAAAACUAUCAAUCACCAUCGCAAGCAUACCUUACUGCUAAAUCUCGAGAUUUAUUUAAGUUGAACCUUGUUUCGAAUGAUGAAUUGGCAAAGUACAAGAAAAUCGGCAUUGAUCACGAAAAACCAAGUAAGGAUUACAUUACUCACAAGGCAAAUGAACUAGGAUUAAUAGUUUCUCCUACUUCAUUUUACGAUGAAUUGGUUAAAAAAGCACAUAAGCCAGACAUUGAACAUAUCACGAGCAAGGCAGAGGAAAUAAAUAUGGAACUCGUCUCAAAAGAUACCCUUGCCGAGUUGAAUAGAAAAAUAAAUAACCCCACUCCAGAGGAAAUAUCACGCACAUUGGAAGGAUCCAAUCACAUAUUGAUUGAUAGAACUGAAUUAGAAAUUCUUAAAUCACCAAGCAUAAGCCAUAUCAAGAAAUUAGCUUCCAAAUAUGAUCUGCAUGUUAUUACAAAUGAAGAACAUGCACAAUUAACUAAACCCAACAUAGCAGAUCUUUCCAAAACAGCAGCAGCCCAAGAUCAUGUAUUUUUACCACAGAGAGAAUAUGAUUCUCUCCAUAUGUUAGCUCAUGAACCUUCAUUAAGUCACGUAAAAUCUAAAGCUGAGAUACAUGGAUUGGUUUCAAUGACUAAGGAAGAAUUCACCGACUUAUACAAAAAAGCUAAUGAACCAACAAUAAAUCAAUUGAAUGAAAUGAGCACUAAAUUGAAUCUCACUAGCAUAACAAUUGAAGAGUACGAAGCUUUGAAAGAAUUUGCAUACUCUCCAUCUGUCAAGCAUUUGACUACGAAAGCUAAAGAGCAUGAUAUGGUGCUUCUUGGCAAAGUACAACAUGAUGAUUUGCAUAAUCUCGCGCAUAAUCCAGAUGAAUCUCAUAUUCGUCAAAUCCUUAAAAACAACAAAUUGGGCCUCAUCUUGUUAACAAACUCUGAGCAUGACAUAUUAAGUAAACCGCCUCUAGAAAGAGUUAAGUCGUUUGCGGAAGCAAUGCAAUGUGUAGUAGUAGAAAAGGAUGAAAUUGAAAGUUUAAAGGAAGCAUCACAAAAUCCAAACCUUGAAUUCUUGAAGAAGAAAUCUGAAGAGCAAGGGCAUGACUUAAUCGAUAAAAAGUCUUACCACAAUCUCAUCAAUCCAUCGUUGAAUACCGUGAAAGAUUUGGCAAGUGGCUUUGGAUAUACAGUCAUAGAGAAUGCAGAGUAUAAGGAUCUCUCUGCACUAGCUAAGACACCCUCAGUGGAGCAUAUAACAGAAAAGGCGAAGGGUCAUGGAUUUGUAAUUUUAUCCGGCGAAGACCACAAAGCACUUAAUGAGUUAGCACACACUCCGUCGAUUAAGCAUGUAGCAGAAAAGGCGAAGGGUCACGGAUUGGUAACUUUGUCCGAAGAUGAAGUGAAUUCACUUCAUGAGCUCGCACAUGCGCCAACAAUUGAUCACGUAAAAGAAAAAGCGAAGGAUCAUGGUUUGAUAACUUUAUCAGAAGUUGACCAUAAGGAGCUCAAUAAAUUGGCACUAGCACCAAGUAUAGAUCACAUCAAAGAUAAGGCGAAGGAUCAUGAGUUUGUUGUUCUUCUGGAAAAAGAGCUUCAAUCUCUCAGUAAACUUGCUCAUUCUCCAGAAAUUGAUCAUCUAAGAGCAAAAUCUGAAAAAUUGGGAUUUGUACUCACUGAUAAAGCUUCUCAAGAAAAACUUUUGAGAAGGGUCAAUAAUCCCAACUUAGAUGAAGUUAUAGAAGAUGCUGACAAAUUGGAUUAUGUGGCAAUUCCUGUUAACGAGCAUAGGAAGUUAAUUGAUAUGGCGAACUCUCCGUCCUCCAUUCAUAUCACUGAAAAGGCUAAGAUACAUGGUUUAGCAACUAUUAAUGAGGAUGAACUUGUAAAACUUCAAACUUUAGCACAUAAACCCUCUGUUGAUCACAUCAAAGAAAGAGCAAAGAAUUUGGGAUUUGUUGUGCUUCCUGAAACUUUGCACGACGAACUUUUGAACCUUGCAAAUUCGCCAAAUGUUGAUCAUGUCAAGGUAAAGGCCAAGGAACUUGGUCUUACUACCUUAAACAGUAAUGAACACGAGAAACUUCUCUUGUUGGCUCACAAUCCUACAAUUGAGCACAUACAUAAUGCGGCCGAAAAAGCUGGCCAUGUAGUAUUAUCAGAGGAGGAGUACAAUAAACUCAAUGGCCUUGCCAAUAAUCCUACUGUUAGCCAUGUGCAACUUAAGGCGAAAUCUCUUGGACUCGUCCCUUUGACGACUGAGGAACAUAAUGCCCUCGUCUCUAUGGCACACGCGCCUUCCGUUGAACAUAUCCGUGAGAAUGCAAUUAGUGCUGGGCUCAUUGCGCUAGAAGCAACCGAUGUUGAAUCAUUAAGAGAAAAGGCUAACUCCCCAAGUAUAGAGCACGUCAAUCAAAAAGCGAAGGAAUUGGGGUUGGUAACCUUAUCAGAAGAGGAAUACACAGAUCUCUCUAAUAUGGCACAUUCACCUUCCGUCGACCAUGUCAUUUCACACGCAAAGAAGCAUGGUUUGGUUACCUUGCAAACUGAUGAUCACUUAAAACUUUAUGAGAUGGCGCAUUCUCCAACAAUAAAACAUUUAAAUGAAAAGGCAAAUAAUUUUGGUUUAAUCACUUUACAAGAAAAAGAGCAUGAAUCACUUUCUACUCUUGCUCAUGCUCCUCCUGUGGAACACAUACAGAUGAAGGCAAAAGAAAAUGGUUUGAUUGCAUUGAGUGUGGAGGAGCAUAAUUUGCUACAUGGAUUAGCCCACUCUCCUUCUCUUUCUCACUUGAAUGAAAAAUCGAAGGAGCUUGGCCAGGUUCUAUUACCAAAUGAUGAUCAUGAAAAUCUUGUUUCUCUUUCAAGGAACCCGCCAAUUGAUCAUGUUAAAUCAAUGGCAAAAAAGCAUGGCCAUAUUACUUUGCCAAAUGAUGAUUAUGACAAGAUUUCCGCCUUGGCUAAUUCACCAGGCGAAGACCAUAUACGUCAAAUGGCUACAAAUCUUGGUUUAGUAUCUAUUACUGCUGAUGAACACAAGUCUCUCUCUGAUCUUGCUCAUUCUCCAAGUAUUGAUCAUAUAACCUCCAAGGCUAAAGAGCUUGGAUAUGUAGUUAUUCCGGAAGAGGAACAGAAAUCGUUACGCUUGUUGGCCGACUCUCCUUCUGCUGAACAUGUUACCCUCAAAGCAAAGAACCAUGGAUUGAUUGCUGUACCAGACCAUGAACAUCAAGAAUUGAAGUCAAUGGCACAUAGUCCUUCUUUGGAGCAUAUCACUAAAAAGGCAAAUCUUCUUGGAUUGGUUGUUAUUCCUGAAAAUGAGCAUAGAAGUCUUUCUGUCCUAGCAAAUGAACCUUCAGCUGAGCACAUUACUGCGAAAGCUGAAGCUAUUGGAUUGGCCACAAUUAAGUCAGAAGAUCUUUCCGAUUUGAAAAUUUCGUUGAGUAAUCCGACUGAAAAAUACUUAAUUGAACAUGGAAGUAAACGGGGUAAGAUACUCCUCUCUAAAGAUGAACAUCAUAAUUUACUUAACCCUACUUCUGAUUGGAUCAAGCUGAAAGCACAAGGCUUCGAUUUGGUUACUCUCAGUAAAGAUGACCAUCUUAAUUUGUCAAGUAAAGCUAUAAAUCCAACUUUGGAUCAUAUCAAGGCAAAAGCAAAGGACUUCGAACAUGUAGUAUUGCCGCUAGAGGAACAUAGUGCUCUUGUCAAUCCAUCAAAGGAGACUAUAACAAGGCAUGCCAAGGACUCGUACUCCUCAAUUAUUCUUCAUAAAUCUGAGUUCGAACUGUUAAAUAACUCCAUUGAACUUCCAAAUAAGGAAUACCUUUCAGAGAAAUCAGCAGCUAUGGGUCUCUCACUAAUCGAUUCUUCUGAAUUGAAAAGAUUAACAGUUGAUGCUAAUGAACCUAGUAUUGGCCACAUUAAUGAGAAAGCUAAAUUGGUGGGUUUGAUCACUAUGUCUACUCAUAAGCACGAUCAAUUGAUUAGUAAACUUGAACAUCCAACCAAGGACCAUUUAAUUGAAAAAGCAAAAAAUUUGAAUUUAACAGUCGUUGACAAUGAUAAAUUCAAGCUGCUUGUCGAGAUCAAAGAAAAUCCGACAGAGGAAUUUAUUGAAAAUAAAGCGGCCAAAUUAAAUUUGGUCGUCCUUCCAAAAGCUGAACUCAGUGAAAUUCAAAUGAAGUUAGCUGAACCAACGGCUGAUUUUAUUUACGAGAAAGGAAAAGCAUUGGAUCUUUCAAUCCUACCCGAAGCAGAGUAUAAGUCUCUUGUUCACCGUGUUGAAUCACCCUCAGCAGAAUACUUAGAGACAAAAGCAAAGGAAUUGGACAAGGUUCUUAUCACAAAUAAAGAAUUACAGAUACUUGAAAAGACUUCAAAAUCUCCUACUAUUGACUUUUUGAAGUUACAUGCUGGAUCCAAUGGAUAUGUGCUAACGUCCCAAGAAAAGUUUGAAUCGCUUAGUGCUUUAGUUUCAUCUCCAUCUCGCGAACAUAUUCAAGAAAAGGCAGAAUCUGCUGGUCUCAUUGUUAUUCCAAAGCAAGAUCAUGAUGAACUUGUAAAGAAAUCUACAAAACCUACUGCUGAUCAGGUUUCUAAUUUUGCGAAAGGAUUAGGAAUGGUAGCAAUUACAGGAGCUGCACUUUCCAAGUACACGAAUCCUACCUUGGAAGAGAUCAACGCGCAAGUCAAGAAGAAGGGAUUACAUCUAAUUGAUGAUAAACAGCACAAGUCGUUGAACCUGCCUUCAAUUGACUACUUGACGAAAAAACUUGCCGCUCAUAAGCACUCUGUGAUUGGAUUUUCUGAAUUAGAGCUAAUGAGAAAAGCAAUUGAUUCCCCUAGCGACUCUUACCUCAAAGAACAUGUAGAAAAGAGUGGGAAGACGAUCAUUGAAAAUGAAGAAUACACAAAACUUAGGAAUAGUCUCUCGAAUCCGACACUUGAAUACAUCAAGGAAAAAGCCAUAUCUUUGUAUGGACAAGUUGUUUUAGCUGAGUCUGACUAUGACCAAUUAGUGGAUCCAACUUUGGAAGUUGUUACUGACCAAGCUUCAAAACAUGGACAUGCAUUAAUGGAAAAGAGCGACUUUGAAACACUCAAAAAGAAUUAUGCGGACCCUUCAAUUGAUUACUUAAAGGAAAAAGCAAAAAAUAUGAAUUUUGUACUUUUGUCUAAGGGAGAAUAUGACUCGAUUACCAAGUCACUUGAAACCCCAACACAUGCAUAUCUUUCUAAAAAGGCGGAAGAGGCUGGUUUAUUGGUUAUUAAUUCAAAUGAUCACUCCGAAAUUCUUGAGCUUGCUCAUAAUCCACCUCAGAGUCACAUUACUGAGAAGGCCUCUAAGCUAGGAUUUGAUUUGGUCGAAAAGGACCUUCAUAAAUCACUUCGUGCGCCUACGGUAUUAGAUCUUCGUAAAAGAGCUCAAGCUCAUGAUCACGUAGUUCUCUCAACUACAGAACACAAGGCACUUCUUCAACCUACAGUUGAAGAUCUUCACAAAAGUGCUCAAGUUCAUGAUCACGUAGUCCUCCCAAGUACGGAACACAAGGCACUUCUUCAACCUACUAUUGAAGAUAUUCACAAAAGUGCUCAAGUUCAUGACCACGUAGUCCUCCCAAGUACGGAACACAAGGCACUUCUUCAACCAACCAUUGAGGAUAUUCACAAAAGUGCUCUUACUCAUAGUCACAUUGUUCUUCCAAUUUCAGAACACAAGGCACUUACUGAUCCUAGUAUUGAAGAGCUUAGUGAAAAGGCAUCUGCUCAUGGACAUGUUGUGAUACCAAGCUCAACACAUGAAUCUCUUGUUUCACCUACACUAGAAGAUCUAUCCAAAUCUGCUCAAAAGUAUGAUCAUGUUAUAAUUCUGUCCUCAUCUCAUGGUGCCCUUGUCAAUCCUUCUAUCGAGGCUCUUGACAGACUUGCAUCAUCUCAUAAACAUGUCAUCUUACCAAAAAGUGAGCAUGAUACUUUGCUCUCCGAGUCUUCGAAGACAGUUGAGGAAAAGGCUACUGAACUGGGAUUGGUCUUGCUUAGCGCAAUCGAAUUAAAAGACCUAAGGGAAAAUAUUGAAUCUCCUUCUCUUGACUUUUUGAAUACCAAAGCGAAAUUGAAAAGUUCCUCAGUAAUCCUGGACUCCGAAUUGCAAACCCUUAAGCUUAGAUCUGAGAGAAGUUUACAUGACCUUGCAAAAGAUAACAUGGAUUACAAAGUCAUAUCCAAUGAAGAAUAUAAUUCGUUGGUUACUCCUGAUGUUGAGUAUUUAAGAGAAAAGGCAGAAUCUCAUGGCUAUGAAGUUAUCUUUAAGGAAGAUAUUCAAGGACUUCGUAAUCCAGCUCUCCAUGAGCUAAAGGAAAAGCUUCAACAAGACCAUGGUCAUUCCACAAUUCCUGAGCUGGAGCUUUUGGUACUCACUGCAUCGAUGAAUGAGUCUCUUGAGGCCAAAGCAGAGAGAGCAGGGAAAAGUAUUGUAUCCAAGGAAGAUUUUGAACAAUUUCAAUCUCCUUCCAUUGAAACUUUAUCGAAGCUCUCCGAGCGCCAUGAUCAUGUUAUUUUGCCAAAGGCAACUCUUUCUGAGCUUCACUCGCCUCCAUUGUCUAGUUUAAUUAAACUCGCUGAGAAUCGAGAUCACUUUAUUCUACCAAAUGAGGAAUUAAAAAUUCUUCGUGAGCCAAGUUUAAAAAAGUUAGCUGAGCAUGCUGAGAAGAAUAAACAUGUGUUGUUAGGUGCAGAUGAAUACGAAAGAUUAAACAAAAGCGCUUCCGAGACUCUUGAAACUAAAGCUGAGGCUGAGAAUAUGAUUGUGUUGUCAGUAGAAGAUCAUUCGAAACUUGUAGACGCCGUCAAUUCUCCUGAGCUUACCCAUCUUACAGAAAAAUCGUUGGCGUAUAACCAUAAGGUCGUUCCUGUUGAAGAAUGGGAUCAAUUGAAGGCGGAGGCAAGUAAACCUCUUUCUGAUAGAGCAAAAGAACAAAAGUUGAUUUUAGUGGAUCAAUCUGAAUAUGAAACUUUAACCCAACCAAUUGAAGAAAAGGCAGAAAAAUUAAACAAACUUCUAUUAGAUAGGACAAAAUAUGAUGAAAUGGAGAAUUCGAUCAAAGAAUCUUCUACAUUGGAAUAUAUUAAUCUGCAAGCUGUUGAAUUAGGCCACAACGUCAUUGCUGCCGAAGAGUUGGUAAGGUUGAAAGAAAUGGCGAAUGAAUCUUUGGAAGUGAAAGCACAAAGAGAAAAUAAGAAACUUUUGUCUUCUGAAGAAUUCUCUUCGCUUGCUGAACCAUCUUUGGACUCUAUUGGGUUAAGUGCUUCAAGAUUAGGAUAUUCACUAGUAGACUCGUAUACUUUGAAAACUUUAGAGCAAAAUCAUGCGGAAUUAUCCUCUAAGAUUGAAGGGAAAGUAUUAUUGACGAAUGAUGAGUAUAAUCAGCUUACUUCACCAUCGAUUGAAAAGUUGCAGGAGUAUGUUCAACGUGCUAAUUUAGUACUAGUUACUCCUGGAGAAGCAGAAGAUCUUGCAAAGACAUUGGAUGACAAAGCUAAAGAAAACAAUAUGUGUGUCAUACCAUUUGAUGAACUUGAAAAGUUGAAAUCAAAACCCUCGCUUCUGGAUAUAGCCAAACAUGCUAUGGGCUUUGGUAGUAUAGUAGUAGCCGCAAGCGAAUUAAAUAACCUCAAACAAUCCCAUGAGAAGGUUCAAAAUGGAGUUGUCCUUUCUACAUAUGAGUACAACAAAUUGAAAGAACAUGAAGAGUCAUCUAAUAAAGGUAACUUUGUAUCUUUUGCUGAGUAUGAUGAAUUGCAGAGCUUGAAGGAAAAGGCUAAUAUUAGCAAAAUGGUUCCUCAGGACGUAUAUGACAAUUUGAAGGCUAUAGAAUCUGAAGUCAACAAUGGUAAGAUUGUAACACUGGCUGAGUAUGAAUCAUUGAAGAAAUUGGAGACUGAAGCCAAAAAUAGUAAGAUUAUUCCAGUAGAACAAUAUGAUGAAUUAAAAGGAUUGCAGAGCAGGGUCGAAGGCUGUGAAAUUGUGCCAAGCUUUGAGUACUCCCACUUGAAGCUGUUGGAAAACAGAGCAUCUACUGGCAAACUACUUACCACAUCUGAAUAUGAUGAAUUGCUUGUUCUUGCGAACAAGCCACCAAUUAACCAUAUUCGUGAACAUGCUGAGGUAAAUGGAUUCUCCAUUUUGCCGAACGAUGAAUUAAAUGCUUUGAAAUUGAGCAGCAAUAAAUCUAUCGUUGAGCACGCAGCGGAAACAGGUCACAUUGUUUUAAGUAAGGAAGAACACUCUCAACUUGUGGCUGAGCCCACAGUCGAGGAUUUGACUACAAAAGCAAGCGGUAUAGGCUAUCAUAUUAUUACUCUAAGUGAAGCUCAAGAAACUAUUCAUGAAAAAGCGAAAGCGAAAGGUUUGGUUGCAAUUCCUCUUGAUGAACACAACAAGUUAUUGUCUGCACCUCAAAGCUUAGAUGACAUGAAGAGAGAAUUGAAAGAAAAAUACGACUUGGAAGUUCUCGAUAAAUCUACUUACGAGGAAUAUAUUAAGGACAAGCGAGCAGCUGCCAAGUUUGCAGACGCUGAAACUUCAUUUGUCUUGGAUAAGCAAGAAUUGGUUCAAAGUGCUUCUAGGUUAGGACUUUCAGUUUAUUCUGAUGAAGAAUUAAAAUCAAUAAAGGGAGAUUUCUUUAAUCAACAUGCGAAGGAUUUAUCUUUAGCGUUGGUUCCUGAGAGUGAAUACAUUGACUUGAAGCAGCAAUUGGUCCAAAGAGAGAGUGAGAUAUACAGUCUCAAGACACCUCAACAGGAAACCAUUACAAAAGAAAUUAUAAUAGAAAAGCUGGGAGAUUAUAAUCUAGUCACCAUCGAUAGAGAAGAAUAUGCUAAAUUGAAAGAGUCUUCUGAAUUAGCAACUGAGCCUUUCGGUGGUUCAUCAAGUCCUCCUCCAGUACUUUCCGAAGAAGAACUUAAGAUCAGAAGUUCUGAAUUGGGACUUACACUUAUCCCAGAGGUACAGUACAUGGAAUUUAAGAAACAGUCGAGAGCAUUGGAAGACAAGCUGAUAUUUACUUCAGCUGCUUCUAAACUUGGAUUGAUUACUGUUCCAGAGAGCUCCUUCAUUCCUACAAAUGUUUUAAGUGUGCCAGAGAUAGAUAAGGUAACACUUAUUCCAAAUUCAUACUACGCAAAACUUUGUAAGGUGGAACAAUUAAAUAUUGAAAAGGUUACCGAUGAUGUUUUCAGAAAUUAUGCAGAAAAGAGGGGCUUCAAGUUUGCAAACGAAAAUGUGUCUCCUCCUCUUAUAGAUGAACAUCUGGGAGGAGGAGCUACUCCACCAAACGGCAGUCCUGGUAUUACGCAAGAUAAACUUACUCCACCUCAUCCUCGUAUUUCCCAUGUUUCGUCAACUGCGAAGAUGAGAACACCUCAAUCUUCAAAUGGUAGUAGGCAUUUAAGUAUGUUGCACUUCCCUAAUUCCUCUUCAGCCGCUUCCAUGACUUCUAAAGUAUCGCUUCACUCCAGGGCCCCAAGUCUUUCCGAUACUAUCCAUACCACUGCAGGUUUCUCGAUGGCAACAAAUGUCUCCUUGACAGAUAAGUCGAUGAUUCCUGCAAUUACUCAGGUUGUUAUCGGAGAAUACUUAUUCAAGUAUUAUCGUCGUUUAGGUCCAUUGAGCUCAAUAUCUGACACUCGACAUGAAAGAUACUUCUGGGUGCAUCCAUACUCUAUGACAUUAUAUUGGUCUACUUCCAACCCAGUACUUGGCAAUCCAGAAGAUGUUAAAACUCGUGCAGCAGCAAUCGUAAGCGUUGAAAGUGUUGAAGAUAAUAACCCGUUACCCCCAGGAUUGUAUCACAAGAGCAUUGUGGUUCACUCGCAAAACAAGACUGUGAAAUUUACCUGUGCUACUAGACAGCGUCAUAAUAUUUGGUAUAAUGCGUUAAGGUAUAUGUUAAACCGUAAUUUAGAGGAAUUGUCCUUUGAUACUGAAGAGACUUUUGAUGAAGACAAGGAAGACUACAAAUCAUUACCCUCUAGAAGCUUAGAUGCUGAAGAUCAACAGUUCUUUGAACCUCAUCAACAUAUACAUGAAGAUGAUGAAGACCAGCAGCCACAACAACACCAACACCAACACACUUACCACCAACAUGAUGGUGCACAUAAUAGGAGAAUUGCUUUGUAUGAUACAGGAGAAAGACAAGCGUUACCAAGAGCCCAAUCCAUGAUCCUAAAAAAUUCUACUUCAGGAGGACUUAAGAACUCUACAUCAAAUGGUAGAUUAAGUUCAAGAUUUAGUACACUGAGAGACAAAAGAUGA